AUGGCAACCGCGCUCAGGCAGACGUACGCCUCUUUCCUACGAAAAGUCACUGAACAAGUCAAGGACGGGCAACAUUUGUAUCUGGAGAUGCAGGACCUUCUGAUCGAGCUCAUUGGGAUCUCCGGAUACCUAGCCUUCUUCGAUAGGCCUAGCCAGUCACCGCGUCCGCGUAUUGUGGAGGCGACGACACAGUACCUCCGGGUGCUCUCGAAGAGAAAGACGGGCUCCGACAAUGUCCCUACAAAGACUCGUCUUCACGCUUGGGGUGCUCUCAGUAGCAUUGCGCAGCUACACUUCUACUCGACGACUGACCUGUUGCAGGACGACAAUCCAGUGCGUCAUUUCCGCUUUGACGGGGUAACCCCGGAUGCCAUAGCGGUGGGCUUCAUCCUGAUCCUCCGCACCUGGGUCAGGUCCCAGAAUGGAGAGCACGAGGUUCACUGCGAAGGAUGCGAACGCAACGAGAUGCCAGAGACGUCGAUAGUCGUCCUUCCAGUUGUGUUGAUGGAAGCUGCGUUGGACAUGAUGGCGCAGAUUAGCGACGACGACGACGAAGUGGCGAAGGCGAUAUACAGCCGGCUACUUCACCAUCAGCUCGAGCCUCUGCUGCAAACCACCAGCCUCUACACGGCGGGCGACGCUGGAGCGUUGGCAAGGAAGCUGCUAGCUCGCGUACAGGGAAUGUCCUCUGAAGGGGAUCCAACACUUUGA